CAAAAGAUCAGAGCCUCGAUACAUAAGAUUUAGGAUCUGCAACUUGCUUGAGUUUCGUUUCAUACAGCUUUACAGCUCACUCGCAUGAGCCAUGUCUCUUGCUCCAGCAGUCACAAAGGACGGAUUCUCCUUCGCAGGAGACCUGUACGCAGAGGCGAGCGGCCACAACCGCCACCGUCGUGCCACCGUCUCUGAGCUCAAGGAGCACUUCAAAUCAGGAUCUGACAAAGAUCACCCGGCUCACUGGUUUGAAGCGCAGCUCAUUCACUAUGGUUUACAAUCAUCCAAGACCAAAUCAGUUGCGCGCAUGCGUCUAUACGACGCCGUCAACAACGGCAAGCUCACAGUUCCGUCGCAUAUACAGAAGCUAGAAAAAGACCUCAAGAAGGAAUGGACCAAGAGCGAACGGGAAGCCAAAAUGGCCGCGAAGGCAGGCAAGGGCAGCUCGACGGCUUCCACUACGGCCGCCAGCAAGAAACGUAAAGCUGACUCCUCUAAUGUCGAUAUGAACAUCAAUAUCGGUGACAUUAGUAUCACGCUUUCCGCUAAUAAUGCGUCGAAGAGCUCGUCAGCUGCGAAGAAGACAAAGACAUCUGCGACUAAAUCAGCUUCUAACAAAGGCGUAAAGGAUACUCCAACUAAAAGCAAGCCUGCUCCCAAGCCCGCCAAAGAAGCCCCGAAACCGAAGGCAUCAGCGGCGAGCAAGGCAAAACCCACUGCAUCCUCUCCUGCGAAACCUGUCAAGAAGCAGACUGCUCGUCGUGGCGGCAUUUCCCAAGGGCCUAGUCGAGGAAGCACCUCCACGGCUGAGGCAGCAACCACUGCACCGUAUCCCGCUAAGCAAACCGCACGACGCGGCGGCAACUGGGCCAGAAGAGGCAGAAUUUCGAGCUCGAGUGCUUUUGAAUCACACAAGGAUUUUGACGAACCCCCACCGCCUUACCAAGAGUAUGAUGAUAACGACGACAGCGACGAUGAUGACGACAGUCCGCCCCCAUCAUCUUCCCUAGGAUCCCUUGGUCUCUUGAACGGGCGCUACGACAUCUUCUCCCGAGAAGUCAACGACCAAUGGGGUCAUGAAGACUUCGAUCUCGUACUCACCCUCAGCGGUAACAAGCUUUGGGGGAAAUUCGACCUAGGCAUCGUGACUGGGAUCCUGCACUUCGACGAGCGACCCUGGGAGUCAUCCGACGAGCCCGUGCCCUUCACCUGGCGUGGGGAGGAGACGGAUGGUCCGGUGUGGUAUGGUAAUAACAACAAGGGAUGGAUUAGAUUCCUAGGGAAUGGGCGUAUCGAAGGCCAGCUUGAUUACAUGAGUCUCGACUUCGACGGUACGAGAGUCUCCGGUCAGAAUACGCGGAGUCCGAUCGAUGCCCAGAGCAUGCAAUACGAGUGGAAUGGAUACAGUGAACAGGAGUAUGACCGGCAAAAUCGAGCUCGUUGGGGAUAGGCUGGGACCCAUUGCUCAUCUUCUUUGACUCCAAGCUUCCACGUUAUUCAUUUCCUAUAUUGAUUGGUUCGGGGUUUGGUUGUAAUUGGGAUGUAAGCCCCCGUUCUGUAUAGCAAUAUGUAAUUGGU